CAUCCUCCAAACCAUCCCUUGAGCACACACCAUCUUCCUUGACUAGACAAGUCCAAUCUUAUAAUUUUUCUUAGCAGGGAAACAAUGUCAUCAAAUUCCCUCCCUUCAAGUAGCUCCACCUCCUCUUGGACAGCUAAGCAGAACAAAUUAUUUGAAAAAGCGCUUGCUGUAUACGAUAGAGACACCCCAGACCGUUGGCAGAAAAUUUCAAGGGCAGUGGAUGGCAAAUCUGCAGAAGAAGUGAAAAGGCACUAUGAAGUGCUUAUCGAAGAUCUUAGGCACAUAGAAUCUGGCAAUGUUCCUGUCCCCAACUACGGACAUUAGUCUGGAAUGCAUACCAACCAUCAGCAUUCUAUCACUGGUUGGCUCAUGAAGUACUCAUAAAGCUCCACUGAAGUUGAAGGUGGAGGUCAUUUAUCUACUUAACAAAGAGGUGCAAAUAAAUAUGUCAACUAAACAACAAGUACCAAUAUCCAUAAUAAUAUCCAUGAAAAGAAAAACUGUAAUGUCAGCCAUUUGCACGUAUUUUGUGCAUUGUAAUGUUGAAGGUCAAUCUAUAUAAGCUACAUGAUG